UUCUUCGCCAUUCCGAACUCCUGCCGCCCCGCACGCAACCAUUUCUGUUCAGUUCACCGACGAUACGAUUCCACCACCGCCUCCCUUUGAUUUUUUGGUAAGACCUUCGGUUUUUGGACAAGCAUGCGAUGGGGAUGGGGUGGCCUGCUUGCUUGCAAGUUUGAAUGAGCUGCGGCUUCAUUCAUUCAUUGUCGUGCUGUGCUGACUUGACUUGCAAAUAAUUCAAAAAACCACUCCUAUUUGGAUCUUACUCUGUUUUUGGUUGAUUGCUCGGGUCGGGGCAUCGCGUCCUCCCUCUCUUUGGUUGUUGGAUUCAUCGCCGCGCUCGCUUCCAUUCCAACUACCCGCUCUACCUGCUGAGAAACUUGCUGUUUCUUUUCGGAUUCAGACCUGGUUCGUCCUUUGGGAUUUCGCUUCGCUUCUCGGAUAAUCCGUGCCGUUGUUUCAGUUGCAACCACAAAUUCCAUCAAUUUCUGGUCAAGCUGAUUGCAGCUCCAAGGAGAUCUCAUCUCAUCUGGUCUGCUCUCUUCUGAGCCCGGACGCCGGAGGAGGAGCGCUACCGGCGGCGGGGGACCAAUUGCAAGGGUAUGUGACGCUGCUGCCUGCCUUUGCCGCAGGCCAUGUGCCGGGACAUGGAUCAGCAACAGCACCACUCAACGAGGGAGGCUACAUCGGAGGUUCUUGAUGGUAAUUGUGACCAUCGCAGCCUGCAUGAUGCAGAUCGUUUCCGACAGAAUGAGGCUGGGGAUAUCAAUAAGCAUAGCAAUCGUCUGUCCACAGAUGACAAUUUUUCCUCCAAUAGUUCAUGGCACAGACAUGGCGAUAUGAGCCGCAAUCCAUCUGCAUCCUCUGUUGAUGACCGCUCAAUAAAGUCUGGUGAUGAUUCUGAUGGGGCUGGUAGCACCAAUGGCAGCAAAAGCAGCGAUACAGGGAUUUCAUAUCUAGAAAACAAUAGCAUCUGGAUACCACCUGAAGCGGCAGAUAAGGAGCAUGAGACCGAGAGUUUCUCUAAAAGCAUUGCUUAUGACGACGACGAUGACUAUAGUGACGGAAUAAAGUGGGGCCAGUCAAGUUUCCCAUCCCCUGGUGAGGAACAUGAGGCCAGCGCUAACAAUGCGAGGGUGGAACGAGAAAAGGCGAUGCUAGAAGCUAUGAAUGGGCAGCUGAAGAUACUUGUCAGUCGGUUUCUGGCUUCUGCUGGUAUCUCUUCUUCCAAGGGGGAGGGCAGCGAGAGUUGGCUUGACAUUGUGACCUCCCUGUCAUGGGAGGCUGCGCUACUUAUCAAACCUGAUGCUAGCAUGGGAAAGGAAAUGGACCCUGGAUCUUACAUCAAGGUCAAAUGCAUAGCAUCUGGCACUCGACGGCAAAGUGAGGUGAUCAAGGGGUUAGUCUUCAAGAAAAACGCUGCUCAUAAGCACAUGCCGACCGAUUGCCACAAUCCUAGGCUUCUACUUCUCAAAGGAGUCCUUGGGCAUUCUGAUGUUGGUUUGUCGUCAUUUAAUUCAAUGGAUCAGGAAAAGGACAUUUUGGAGAGAACUAUUGCUAAAAUGAUGGAGAUAUGCAGCCCUAAUGUUGUUAUGGUUGAGAAAACUGUUUCACGGAACAUACAAGAACUUCUUCUGAAAGAAGGUGUCACUCUAAUUCUUGAUAUGAAGCUCAACCGGCUGAAAAGAAUUGCACGCUGUACGGGUUCUCCCAUAGUUUCAUUCUCAGAAGUUUUGGAUAAACCAAACCUGAAGCAAUGUGACUACUUCCAUAUUGAAAAAUUUAUUGAGGAGCAUAACAGUGCCAGUGAGGGUGGAAAGAUGCCAUCUAAAACAUUAAUGUUCUUGGAAGGAUUCCCAAGGCCAUUGGGUUGCACGAUAUUGCUAAGAGGAGCAAAUAGCGAAAAAUUGAAGAAAGUCAAGCAAAUCAUGCACUUCACAGUCUUUGCAGCAUAUCACUUGAUACUUGAAACGUCUUUCUUUGAAGAUCAGAGGGUUUUUCUAAACGAUAAAAAUGUUCCAAAAGAAAAUUCGUUUACCGCUAUGGAAGGGCCAUCAGCAACUUCUUAUGAUGUUGCUGCUGUUGGUGGUGCUAUCCUUGGCUUUCCUUUACAUGAGGACUCUCCAGCACUUAGACUGUACCAUGCCACUUCUAAUGGUUACGCUGAUGUGACCAAAACUUUGAGAUCUCCAGGAAAUGCAGAUGCUCCAAGUUCAAUAACAAGCAGCUCUGCGAAUGAACUUGGAGAAGGUGCAAAUAUCCGGUAUGACUUGAGGCCACCCCAAAAUGCUGAAAGACUAACAUCACCAGUCCCAGGACCGUUAAGGAAAUUAUUCGCUGACAUGUUACAUCACCAGAAUAUUUAUUUACCUGUUACAUCAUUGCAAGAGACAAAUGAUAAUCAGAAAGCAGGCAAGGUUGAAUCUGGUCAAGAAAGGGUCAGUGACAGUUUUCAUGUAGGGGCAAAGGUGGAAGAGUCAGCAGUUUCCAGUGAAAAUGGGGAGUGCACAAAUGAUCUCCAGAAACAAGAAUUGACUCGAGAAAUAAUGCCAACAGGUUCUUCUACAUGUGAUAAAAUUGAAGAAUCACCUGUUGUGAUAGAAAAUGGGGAACAUCGUAGCACCCGUAUCAUUAUCAAAGAUAAAUAUGCCGACAAGGAUCAAGCCGAUGAUGCACUUGAUUCUCACAGCAUACUGAUUUUGAUGUCCAGCCAAUGCAUCACAAAGCAGGUUGUCUGUGAACAGAGCCAUUUAUCCCGUAUAAAAUACUAUGGGGAUUUUGAUGUGUCCCUGGGGAGAUAUUUGCAAGACAUUUUGCAGAAUCAGAAACUGAGCUGCUCCUUGUUUGGAGAACCUCCAGAGGCUCAAGUGUACUCUUACACUCAUCGAAAUGGAAAUUUGACUGUUCUAGCGAAGCAUCUGGUGCCCCAACACCAUUUGCCUGGUGAAUCUGAAGGAAAAAUAUGGAUGUGGACUAGAUGCUUGAGAUGUGAUGAGGAACAUGGGAUAUCCAAAUCAACUCCAAGAGUAUUAAUAUCAGCUGAAGCAUGCAAUCUCUCAUUUGGGAAAUUCCUGGAACUCAGUUUUUCGAGCCACUCUGCAGCAAGAAGGUUAUCCAUAUGUGGACAUUUGGUGAACAGGGAUUGCUUGCGGUUUUUUGGGUUGGGCUCUAAAGUGGCAAUGUUCCGGUACUCGUCAGUUGAAAUUUACACUACAUGCAAACCACAACCCAUUCUCCAGUUCUUCAACCCCAUCAGGCAGGAUUUGUUCGAAGGACAAAGGAGACAUGUUCAUGCUAGAGGUAUGACGCUUUUUUCUGAGGUUGCAAGCUUGCUACAACACUUGAAGAAUGAACAUCCUGAUGCAAUAACUUUAGUAGUCAAGUGUGGCCUCUCACUCCCUGUUAAGGACUUUCCUGAACUCGAAGAGUUGUUGAUGAAAGAAAAGACCAACUUUGAGGGUUCUCUAGGCAAGGCCAUUGAUCAAAAUGGGAGACCAUUUUCAUCUGUGCAUGAACUUUUGAAUUUAAAUUGGUCCUAUCAGGACCUUCUACUUGAACUAUACGUAUGGGACCGUCGUCUACAUCAACUGUUCAACUGUAAAUCUGUUGGACUAGAAAGUGUUGCUAAUUGCAAGAAUCCUGCUGAUACUGUUGAUGAGAUUUCUGAUAACAACUUUGAUAUUGAUAAGAAAAUAGGUGAAUUCACAUAUGUUGAGACUACUACAGCUUUGGGGGCAGCCCGUGCAAGUGACAAACUUUACCUUGACCAUCGAUUGGAUAAGAAUGCAGCACCCUUGCUUGAUGAAAGUCCAGAAGCUGGGCACUCUGAACUUUCUUGCAAUGGAGGUAGUAAAGAUGAAGAAUCUUCCAUUGCUCCUGGUCAAAUAGAUGUAGGUAGCACAACACAAACUUCAAAAGUUCCUUGUUUUGAGAUAUCCAAUGAUACAGAGCUCCAGGGCAAUGCUGUUGUGGCGGAUCCAAUACCUGUGGAGCAGGAGCCUUCUAGCACUCCCCAACAGUUCAGAUAUCCUUAUUGGGAUGACAGGGAAAGGUGGAUUUGGAAUUCAAUUUCUGAGUCUCAAUUGGCUUACAGGAAUGACAUUCAAGCCGGAUAUUUGGACAAAUUUGAACUGAUUAACCAUUAUUCACCAUCUUACCUGUCUCCCUUGUUUGAACAGAAUGAAGAGGUGGUCUCUCCGCAGUUCGCAGUUGGUCCAGGUAGUAAUGUUUUGUGCGUACUGGAGGAUGAGAUAUCCAGCAUAAUAGCUCGUGCUCUUGCUGUAUCUGAUGAACGCCGCCAUUUAAUGGAUUCCAUAGUUGAGAACGGGAUGGAGAAUACCAGGGCAGAGCAUGCCAAAAUAAUGGAGAAAUCUUAUAGCUUUCUUUCUGAAAGUUCUUUCAACUCAUCAUCUCCAUGGUCAUCUAUAGGAUCUUUAGAUUCUGAAGCAAACUUGUCAUCUCUCUUGUCAUUUCCAUCUGACGACUUUUCCGGUUAUGAUAGCUCAUCUUUAUUGUCCUCGGUACAUCCAGAAAUGACUGUCAACGGGAAAGUAACUCUCAAAGGCAAAUAUUCAGUUACUAGUAUAUAUGCUAAUCAAUUCUACGCACUUCGAAAGAAGUGCUGCCCAUCCGAGCUUGCAUAUAUUACUUCCCUAAGCCGCUGUAAGAAGUGGGAUGCUCAAGGUGGAAAGAGCAAAGCUUUUUUUGCGAAGACAAUGGAUGACAGGUUCAUCAUAAAGCAAAUCAAGAAAACAGAGUUUGAGUCAUUUAUUAAAUUUGCCCCUGAAUACUUCAAGCAUGUUUACCAUUCUCUGGAUACUGGAAGCCAAACUUGCCUUGCCAAAAUCUUAGGAAUCUAUCAGGUUAAGCAAAUAAGGCAUGGCAAAGAGGUAAAGAUCGACCUGAUGGUGAUGGAAAAUCUUCUCUUUGGCCACAAUAUUUCACGGAUUUAUGAUCUUAAAGGCGCUAUUUUUUCGCGACGCGUCGCUGACUCAGAUGAUCGUGACACUGUUUACCUGGACCAAAACUUUGUUGAGGACAUGAGUGUUUCUCCAAUCUAUAUUGGUGGAAAAACGAAGCAUCUUUUACAGCGUGCAGUCUGGAAUGACACAUCUUUCCUCACUUCGGUCAAUGUUAUGGACUAUUCUCUGCUUGUGGGAGUGGACAAGCAAAAGCAUGAGCUUGUAUUUGGCAUCAUUGAUUAUCUGAGGCAAUAUACUUGGGACAAACAACUGGAGACAUGGGUGAAGACUUCUCUGGUAGUACCCAAGAAUGCUUCACCAACUGUAAUAUCCCCCAGGGAGUACAAGAAAAGGUUUAGGAAGUUCAUGGCAAAGUACUUCCUCACAGUUCCAGACAAUUGGAGUCCUGAUAAUCCUUCUAAGCCAUCCAAGUUGGUAGAAGCCCACAGUGGUGAUAGCCUGCAUCAGCAUCCAAUUGAGGCUGAGGCAUGUGCCUAAUCCUAUGCAGGACUUCCUGACAGUUUUGUUGAAGCCUAUCCAGUUGUUGUUUGGCUAAUAUUCGCUUUGUAAAAUGGUGUACAUAGGAGGGCCUCACUAUUGAUCUAUCCAAAAGUUUGCAGCUUUUAGGCAAAUUGUUGGGGGCAAGUGAGGUCCGCAAGAAUGUACCUAUACAAAUGUUCAUUGUUAAUUUCACAAUUAUUAUAGUGAAAUUACAAAAUUGAUAUGAUUAUUUUUUUUGAACCUAUCA